AUGGUGUUAUUGCCUUGUAAAAGUACCAAUAAAUUACAUGCAAGUGAAAUAGUGUGUGAAGGAUCGAGAUCAGACAUAGAAGGCUACAAAUUCUCAUAUGUACGGUAUAUAUGUGUGAUUAUUGGUUGCGUUCUAACGGCUGGACUUCUACGGUUACUGUUUCACUGGUAUCCUCAGUGGAUGCUUUGGUGUACACACAAAACCUGUGGUCUUAAAGAGGCGGAUAAGGUCAUGAUAAAGGAUAUUUCUGGUAUCUAUAUCCAUAAAGUUCAUUAUCCCACAAAGGAGAAGUCAAGGCCACAGUGUGAUAGUUCAACCACGGAGGCUUUUCUUGAGGACCGGAACAAACACCAGUAUAUCAUUCACAAAAAGUUAAAGUAUAUUUGGAACUGUGGGUCCGAAAGAUUUGAGCUAUUAGAAUACUGGGAUAAGCGUCCUUACCAUGAAGUAUUAAAUACACAAGCCUUAACUGCGGAUCGAAUUAAAACCCGUCGAAGCUUGUAUGGAAUUAAUAAGAUAGAUAUUAGCCUUACACCCAUAAUCAGGCUUGUUUUAAAUGGUUGUCUUACUCCUUUUCAUUGCUUUCAAGUAUUCAGCUGCGUCAUAUGGUAUUGCGUCGAGUACGAAAUAUAUGCGACAUGUAUUGUUGUGUUUUCGGUUAUAUCGCUUAUUUUUCAGGUUUACGAGCUCCGUAAGAAUGAGCGCUCUCUUAAGAGAACUGUAUGCGUUUCAGCUAAAGUUGGUGUGUGCAGACGUUAUGACGGGAAGGAUGAUUUUAUGCUUGUCGAUUCAACCGAAUUGGUACCAGGAGAUUUAAUUGCCAUUCCGAGUAGUGGAUGUUUGAUGCAAUGUGAUGCAGUUUUAUUGAUGGGGAACUGCAUCGUGAAUGAAAGUAGCUUAACAGGUGAAAGUCUUCCGAUUACAAAAAUCCCACUGCCCAAUGGACAAUAUGAAAAUACCACAUUCGAUUUUCGUUCAUGCCCACGACAUAUUCUGUUCAGUGGCACAUCUGUCAUUCAGACACGUGGUGAUAUAAAUAAGCGUGUUUUGGCUGUAGUUAUCCGAACGGGAUUUAUGACCACUAAAGGAGAACUUGUGCGAUCUAUCAUGUUUCCGAAACCUAUGAAAUUUAAAUUUACUCAGGAUGCCUAUCAGUUUUUAGGAGCUCUUUGUGGAGUGGCACUUGUUAGUCUAUGUGUCACCAUUUAUCUCAUGUAUUGGAAUAAGAAGGAAUUGUACUAUAUUAUUUUGAGACCUUUGGACAUAGUAACAAUUGUGAUACCACCUGUUCUGCCAGUGGCGAUGAGUGUUGGAAUCGUUUUCGCUCAACGGCGACUUCGUAACCACGGUAUUUAUUGUAUAAAUCAAAGCGUUAUGAAUGUUUGUGGUGUGAUUAAUCUCACCUGUUUCGAUAAGACUGGUACUCUCACUGAAGAUGGGUUGGAUCUGUGGGGUGUCGUCCCAAACAGAGAUGGAGUUCUUGGGAAGCCUGAAUUUGAGCCAUCAAAGUUAGAUUAUGGACCUUUGGUUGAAUGCAUGGCUACUUGUCAUUCACUGACUCGAAUUGAUGGCGUCUUAUCGGGUGACCCCUUGGAUGUGAAAAUGUUCCAGUCUACCAAAUGGGAAUUUAUCGAAGUUAUUUCGGAAGAUCAACAUAAUUUUGAUUUAGUUAUAUCGGCAAUAGUACGUCCCAAGAAGGAUGAAUGUGGUGAUACAUUUAAAAAGAUACCGUAUGAGAUCGGUAUAGUACGUCAGUUUCCUUUCAGUUCGUCUGUACAACGGAUGUCUGUGAUAACACGUACUUUAAAUGAAUCUCAAUUUCAUGUAUAUACAAAGGGCGCUCCAGAGACAAUAGAAGUUUUGUGUCGACGUGAUACAAUACCUACUAAUUUUCACUCAAAUUUGUUGGAAUUCACUCGAGAAGGCUUUCGCGUUCUGGCAUUGGCUUGGCGACCUAUCAAGGCAUCAUAUUUACGUAUUAUGCGCAUAUCGCGUGACCGAGUUGAACAUAAUCUUCUGUUUCUGGGACUACUGGUGAUGGAAAAUCGACUGAAACCUGAGUCUGGUCCGGUUAUUAAAACUCUACGCCAAGCGAAUAUACGACCGGUUAUGGUAACAGGUGAUCAUAUGCUUACCUCUCUUUCUGUGGCACGAGACUGCGAAAUGAUUGAUGAACUAGAUCGAGUUGUCAUUGUGACAGCUCGUCCACCACCUUGUCCUGGUAAUGAUUUUGAUUCAGAUGUGUUAAAUGAAAGUCAACCAAUCCCUGUACCAAAUAUUGGACUUUCUACUGAAAAGAAUCCAAACAACAUUCAGGAUGCUACCAAUGGAGGAAAUAUUAAAAAUUUCUCAGAUGAUCUUAUCAAUUCCCUUGUUCAGUUUCACUAUGCAGAAGACUUAAACAGACCGGUUACUGAAGUUGCGACAACUAGCAUUCAACUGAAGCGAAACCUAACUAAAACUGACAACAGCGAGACAUCGAAACAGUCAUUUUCCAAGCGAUUGAAAAAAAGAUUUAAUUUUGGUCGAUUACAAAUUGGAUAUACACAUGCUUAUCCAUAUCUUUCUGCUGAACCGCCUACAAUGAGACUUUUGAGCAUGGUAACAAUGAUUUCAUUAUUUGGUCAAGUGAUAAUUGGUUUUAUUAUUCAGGCAACUGCAUUCAUAUUGAUUCGCUUUCAAUCUUGGUAUAUGCCGUUAUAUUCGUAUUCUAAUACAGCUGAGUAUAAAAACUACGAAAAUGCGGCUGUAUUUAUAGUCUCCACCUACCAAUAUAUAAUUUUGGCCAUCGCCUUUUCAAAAGGAACACCAUAUCGUAAAUCAUUCUUAACGAAUUAUGCAUUUGUGCUGAAUAUUUUGGUGUGUUUUGCGUUAAGUCUUUACUUGACAACUUAUCCAGUUAAUUGGAUACUUGAACGUUUACAAUUAGUCCGAAUUCCUUCUAUUUGGUUCAUACUCAUUUUACACUCCAUGGUUUUGGCGAAUUUUAUGGCUAGUUAUAUUGUUGAAUCAAUUGUUGAUGGAGUCUCUUUUCGACGUCGUAUACGUCGCAUUCGUCGAGCACUAUUUCCAAGACGUGUGGAACGCAAAGCUUAUGAGCGAAUUCGAGAAGAAAUUGACAGGUCAGCUGGUGUUUGGCCUCCCCUAUUAAGAUCUGCCAGUCUACAAGCAUUACCACGGGAUCUGUUCACUGAUGAAAAUUUAGACGUGACUACUCGUCCUAGAAGUAGACGGCUCUCUUCUGCAGUAUCGAAUGACACAGAUGUAGAUGUUGCUUCUGUUCAAAGUGAAAUAACUGACAGACGACAGCUUCCCUUUAGCAGCACAGACGGUGAUAUCGGUCUGCAUAAAGUUGUCAGUAAACACUUUUCUAAUCAAAUGAGUGUAAAUGAAAAUCCAAAUCAAACUUUUACUCUUGGUGGUUCUUUAAAGAAGCGCAAUCUUUCAGUGGACUCACUACAGCAUCACACUGUUUAUGAUCCAGAUGUAUUUGAUCAUUCUUCAGUGUCAAGUACACCUUCAGCUUUAGAGGUUCCUGUUAUCGAAAGCAUGAGUUCACAUUUGAGAAAUGAGGGUGAAGAAAAUCGUGAAUAA